AUGAGUGACAAGUCACAGGUUCCGGCAGAGGCCGUAGGCGGAGGAGUCAAGCCUCUGGUGGGCUUCCUGGGCCCCCAGGCCUCGUACACGCACCAGGCUUCGUUGCAGGCUUUCCCAGAAGAUGAGUGGGAUCUGAGACCCGUCGUCAACAUCACAGGCACGUAA